GCUUGGAUUUCAUUUCUCUUGGUGCGUUAUUUUGUACGAGCUUUCUGAGUCAUGAAAAUUCCUGAACGACUUGCACCAUCGUCUGCAUUUCUAUGUCUCGCAUUGCAACUAUUCCUUGUCUUGCUGUCCUCAGUCGGUGCGGUCAACAGGGAUAACUUCAAGACAUGCAAACAGAGCUCGUUCUGCAAUCGUCAACGCGAGCUUAAAGUGGAUACUUUAUUUUAUUCCGUCGUUCCGAACUCAAUUACUUUAACCUCUUCUGGUCUUGUUGCUCUCCUAUCCAAGCACAACGGGAAUCAGAAUCUCACAUUAGAUAUAUCUUACUUGUCCUUCUCCACGUUUCGAAUAACAGUAGAUGAGCCCACAAUCGAACCAAAACGCUAUCGUAUGGAGGUGGGCGAUUCACUACGAGAUGAUCCCAAGUCCCAGCCGAUUGAUGUUAUUCGCUCAACAAACCAUCUCUCAUUGGUUGGAAAACUGGGUGAUAAGGCAGUGUUGCACUAUAAUCCAUUCAGUAUUGAAUUCUACGUUGAUGGUUCACUUGUAUGCCAAGUUAACCGGAGAAAUUUGUUUAAUUUUGAGGAGAAAGGUGAUCCCCCAACUCCCAAUCUGAGCGUACCAGUCACCCAAGAGCCGUCCAUUUCUACAGAACAUUCUGAGCUCCCGGAACCUAGGGAGGAUUCCACUCCUUUUUCCCCAGUUCAACACAAUGAUGCCACCGAUGGUCCCAACGUAGAUGGAUUAACUGAGCCACCCAAAGAAGACACCAAUAAGGAAGGUGUCACCGAAGCCACUAUUACACCUGAACAUGUAGUCAAAGACCCACAUCCUUGGGCUGAGACUUUUAAUGAUCAUCGUGAUACUAGGCCCUAUGGCCCUAAUUCAAUUUCUAUGGACAUAGACUUCCCGGGUGUUUCACAUGUAUAUGGUCUCCCGGAGCACGCUGAUAGUUACGUUUUAAAAGAUACCUCAGGAGGUGACCCUUACCGUCUGUACAACUUGGAUGUCUUCGAAUACGAACUUGACAGCCAGAUGGCGCUGUAUGGGGCUGUUCCGGUAUUAUGGGCCCUUAACACCAACUACACAACCGGGAUAUUCUGGCAUAACCCUUCGGAAACGUGGGUAGACAUUGAAUAUACCGACCGCCCAGCAUCUAGUUUUUUGUCCAAGUUACCCCGACUGUUUUUAAAGACUCCGGAACGUAUAUCCAAAACAAGAUGGAUAUCCGAAACUGGUGUCUUAGACGUUUUCGUUAUGCUCGGUAGAGAUCCUCGAGACGUUUCCAAGGCUUAUUCCUACUUAACUGGUAGCACACCGCUUCCUCCACUUUUCGCCCUAGCGUACCACCAGAGCCGAUGGAAUUAUAAUGACCAAGAGGAUGUUAUGUCUAUCGAUAAACGUUUUGACGAACACAAAAUCCCUCUUGAUGUCAUCUGGCUAGACAUCGAACACACAGACGGUAAGCGGUACUUCACUUGGGACAAGCCGAAAUUCCACAACCCGGGAGAAAUGGUGGAUUCUCUGAAAGAAAAGGGCCGUAAGUUGGUCACCGUCGUUGAUCCUCAUAUCAAGCAAGAUACCGCUUGGAGUUUGUACAAUGAUGGCGUAGCGAAUAAUUAUUUUGUCAAAACAUCGGACAACUCCAACUACAUAGGCUGGUGCUGGCCUGGCUCAAGUGCCUGGCCCGACUUUACAAGCCCAAGAGUUCGGCAGUGGUGGGCCGGACAGUUCUUGUCUUACGACCCCGUCCGCACGGACACUAUGUUCACGUGGAACGACAUGGGCGAACCGUCUGUAUUCAGUGGUCCCGAGGUGACUAUGGUCAAGGUUAGUGCAGUUAAUUGUUUUCGGUAUCCAGCACCUACCCUUUCGGUUGCUUUGUUGAAUUUGUCUUUCCCGAAGUCUUGGUUUACAGGUUACGCUCGUUUUAUGGAUUCCUGA